GCAAUGGGUUGCUGGAGGCGCCGGGGGCUGUUGGGUGCUGCUGACAAGGGUCCGCUCGGACUCCGAUGGACAGGCGUCGCGUUGCUUACAAGAACACGACAACACUGGUAAUCAGCUGUCUUCUGCGCGUUGCACUCGAUCUCACACAGUCCUGAGGGUUGACGGGGUUCGGCUUGCGCUUCAACCUCCCAGCCCGAGGGGUAUCCCACGCUUUGACCGUGAUCGACCACGCGCUAAGGCUUACAUUUUCCUCCCCACUGCAGCGGUCAAGCUUCGCUCACGGGCGCCGAACGACAGCGUCGAGCUUUGUCGCAACCACACGACCACGGCGACUCAAUGCCCGCGACACAGGCGCCUACCACAGAAGCGGACGAUACCGAGACUGUCAGACUGCACAUCACCCCGCUCAAGCCUGAGCUGCUGAAAGUCUACCUCGCGCCGUCCAUCUUACCGCUUGCGCGCAACAUCUCCUACCACACCGUUGAAACAUUCCCGGAGAGAGGCUUCGGCUACGUCGAGCUGCCGGAGCAAGAGGCGCAGAGAAUCAAGAAGAAACUCAACGGCACCACGCUGAAAGGCUCAAGAGUGCGCAUCGAGAUGGCCAAGGCAGAGAAGCGCAAAGCGCGCGAAGAGGCCGACGCCGAAGACAAGCCGGCGAAGCGCUCAAAGAAGGACAAGAAGGACAAGAAAGAGAAGAAAGCGAAGAAAGAGGACUCAGAAAAGUCUGAGAAGAGGAAAAGGUCACCCGGCGUCUUCGACGGCGUCGAGCUACCAGACGACCGCAGAGUCAAGCGCGGCUGGACCGAACCCACAUCAGCCAAGAGCAAGAGCAGCAAAGACAAGAAGGACAAGACGAGCAAAGACGACAAGCACCCAUCCAAGCCGUCCAAGUACACCAAAGAGCCCGAACUCCUCUUCAAAGCGAAGCUAGAGCCCGUCGCUGCGACUGAGCACUCGCGCAACGAGAAAAAGAAGGAUAAGAAAGACAAGAAGGAGCGCAGGACCAAAACUAAAGAAGUCAUCGUCCACGAAUUCGAGAAGAACACGAAGACCCCUUCUUUCCUCAAAGCAGCCAAGGUGUCAACCGAGAAGAAACCGCCAGUUGACUACAUCGACGGCGUAGGAUGGGUCGACGAAGACGGUGUCGUUGUGGAGCCCGAGACGAAGAAGGCGGCGCAUAGCAGAGUACUACAGCUUGUGGAUGGGAAGCCGUUAGUUGAGCCGCCGCCGACAGAUUCGCAGGGACGGCCGAUCGUGAAGAAGGAAGUGGCUAAACCGGCGAAGAAAGAGAAGAAGAAAAAGGCCACGCCGCCGCCGGAGUCAUCGUCCGAGUCCGAGUUGGACGAGGAGUCCAGUGUGGUCUCGAGCUCGUCCGAAGACGAAUCAUCCUCCGAAUCUGAGCGGGAAGAUUCAGACUCAGACGCAGAUGAAGAGGCAGCCUCGCCCACACCCUCUCCCGUACAGACCAAACCUGCAUCCAAAUCCGCCCCAACCCCGGCCCCGACAUCAGCUCCCACCGUAGCAGAAUCAAAAGAAAUCCACCCCCUCGAAGCCCUCUUCAAACGCGCACCUCCAACCUCGCUUUCCACGCCAACAAAACCACCGCCCAUCAACACAUCCUUCUCCUUCUUCGGCAACGAAAACACCUCUCCAACCGGCGAGCCUCUCGGUGAGCCCACAGAAAAUGCGCCCACAACGCCAUUUACGCAGCGAGAUCUAGAAUGGCGUGGCCUCCGAAGUGCAGCACCAACGCCCGACACCGCAGCAAUCGGACAACGCUUCUCAUUUGACUGGCGCAAGGGGAGUCAAGAGGCGGACGAGGAUGAAGAGGAGCUUAGUGAUGCCGGUGUGGAGGCUGGUCGACAACUCGACAUCAAUACCAAGAAGAACAGUCAGGCGUUGGCUGACGUUGCUGAGGAAGACGAGAACGAUGGGGCUGCAGGGCCAGUUGACGGAGGGGAGGAGAAGCCAGAGAGCAAGUUCAGGGAGUGGUUCUGGGAGAACCGGGGGGACAUCAACCGUGCAUGGAAGAAGAGGAGACGGGAGGCGCUCAAGGCGAAGAGACAUGCUGAUAACCGGAAGAUGACUGGUAGUCGUCGGGUCGGCUGAGCAUGUUGAGAGAAGGGCACUGAGUAACGCUUGUAUGCGACGGACGAGCUGUGGAGGGGCUUCAUCGAGGAACAAAAGACGGUUGUUG